GGCAAAUAUUUGGCGCGUAAAAAGUAUCAGUGCCGGCGCCCAGCGCUUCCUGGAUCGUGUGGCCGGCCCGGCGGCUCCUUCUCAUCGCUGCAUCGGCGCCCGGGACCGCUGCAACCACCCCCGCACUGCCAGCAGCAACACUACCUACCGCCUUAUUUUUUUAAAAAUAACAUUUUAAGACUAUUUCUCUCCUACAGCGAGCAACGCUUCCCUCGUUGCAUAAAAAAAGAACAACAAGGUGGGGGGGUACAAUGUCCAAAGAAACGUUCCCCGUUGCCAUCAAGCCGGAGCCCGGGACCUCCGCGUUGCUAAUCUUCUCAUCGCCUGGAAGCGGCCGAGCCGAGGUGGCGGUGGAGGAGGCAGGGACAGGGUCGGGGCAGGCGGGCACCCAGGCUGCUCGCAGGGUGCUCCUUUUCGCCGCCACUCCCCAGGGUCCCGGCUCAGCCGAGUGGGGGCAGCGGCCACCCCUGGGACGCCCUCCGGUGAAGAGGAAGCUGGAGCUCGAGAGUGAUCAUCAGUACCUGGCAGUGGAAAUGGAGACCCUGACAGGGAAGGGCAAGUCUUCUGUCAAAGGCCUGAAGUUGCCGGUGGAGAAGACGCGAUACGAUACCUCCCUCAGUCUGAUCACCAAGCGCUUCAUCCAGUUGCUGGGCCAGUCUCCCGACGGCGUCCUGGACCUGAACUGGGCGGCGCAGGUCCUCGAAGUGCAGAAGCGCAGAAUCUACGACAUCACCAACGUACUGGAGGGCAUCAAGCUGAUCACCAAGAAGUCCAAGAACCACAUCCAAUGGCUGGGUGGGAACCAGCUCCCCGACGGUGAGAUGGCCGUCCGGUGUCAGGCCCUGGUGAAGGAAAUCGCUGAACUGGACGAGAGCGACCAUAGGCUGGAGGAACUGAUCCAGAAGUGCACUCUGCAGCUCAAACUACUGACCGAGGACUCGGAGAGCCAGAGGUUUGCUUAUGUAACGUGUCAAGACCUGCGCAGCAUUGAGGACUUGUCUGAAGAGAUGGUGAUGGUGAUCAAAGCUCCAGCUGAUACCAAGCUGCAGGUGACGGACCCCAGUGAGGCGCUGCAGAUUUCCUUGCAGAGCAGCAAUGGGCCCGUGGAUGUAUUUCUCUGCCCUGAGAACAGCUCGGGCACCUGCAGUCCCGUGAAGGCUCUCGGCAGCCCCGUGCGAGCCAGUCCCGUCAGGACUGACAGCCUUCACAAAAUCGCACAUCAGGAACCAUUAGGAAGCACUUCGCAAGGCACGGCCCUAUCGCCACCUUCCAGUCAAGACCAAGAGACGACCGUUGGCAUCUCACCUUUGGCGGUGGUGGACAUUGACCUCUCGCCUUUGACCUCCGCCGCCUCCCUCCUGCAGCCGCCAGAAGACAUCCUUCCUUCGAUGCCCUUUGACGACACCUUUGUCAACCUCUCCCCGCCGCUCCUUCAGGACUACCAUUUUGGUUUGGACGAUGACGAGGGGAUCAGCGAGCUGUUUGACUGCAACUUUGACACUCUGCAACCUCUGGAGUACUGACCCAAUCCCCAUGGGGUUUGUGGAACUCGAGCCUGGGUUGCCCUGCUCUGGGAACAUACGACAACAACCCACCACCCCCCCCCCUCCACCGUUCUCUUGCCACGUCCCAUGCCAACCCUGGCCACCAUCUUAUUGAUCCAAGCUCUAGGAAGACUUCCCAAGGUUAUGCAGCUCCCUGAUCUAUUCCAGCCGCCCCCCCCCCCCCCCGGGCCAGUCGAGAGCUUUGGAGAUCUGGACAAGUAUUUCCAGUUGGUGUUUUAGUUUUGCCGCUGUGUCCAUAAGGACACAAUCUCAAUUCUUCCCUCCACCGUCCGCUGGGAGUACAACGGGGGUUUUAUUCACUGAUCUUCCGCUCUCCUCUCUAAUGGUCUCUCGGGCAAGUUAAUGUGGCAUUGGAGCACCAUCAGAGGCCAGCAGAAGCUCCGAUUUCCCCCACCCCUUCCACCCUCUGAUCCUGAUUUAUGCCCUUGCCCCCUUUUCCAUUAACCCCACCCCCCCCCCCCCCCCCCAGAGCAGAUCCUGGAUGCCAUGUAUCAAGCCAGCUUUGGUGUUCCUCACAAUGAAAGCUGCUUGACAUGGCGAUGGAAAUGGGCACGAGCCUCGGUCAUUUUAUUUUUUGAGCAGAGCCUUGUUGGUCUUCUCCCAGCAUGGUAGCGAUGGGCCAAAUGGUCUCCCUCUGUAUGAUAAGUGUCUCAUCAGUGUCUUCAUGUUGGAGAUAUCCCUCAUCCCCUUCCCUUGGUGAGUCAGCCAGGGACCCUGACCCUUCCCACACUACAGUUGUACUCCUUCCCCACCCUCCCACUGCCCCCACCCUCUUCCCUACCCUUCCUCCCCCCCCCUCCCAAUUCCCAAUCAAGCACUCAGCACUUUAGAGAAAUUUGUUUAGUGUUAAUCUUUUAUUGUGUGGUCUACUUGUGUCGUGAGUUUGUGUGUUUUUAUCUCCUGCAUUCCCCAAGUGAUUUUAUUUUAUGGAUUUUUGUGAGCUUUUUAUUAGUCCGAGAGAAUGCUUCAAAGAAGUUGAACCAUCCCCAUUCUGUUUGCUCCCUAGUUUGUUUCCUAUAGCAGUGUAUGUGUCUGUGGAGUCACCGUCUUGGGUCAUAUUGAGGACCCAGACCGAUACCUGGUCUACAUGGAGACCAUCUCCCCUGUGCCCCACCCGGAUUCCCAUCCAUCUCUCCUCUACCCUCUCCUUCCACCCAUAUUCCUUCCUCUGGCUUCACAAUUUGUUCCUCUUCUUUCCAUAUCUCACUCUUUUUUUCUCCUCAUCUCAGGCCUUUGUCCAACCAUCUACCAGUCAAAAAUCCAACCCUUAGGCCCAUAGAGUCUACUCCACCAUUCUAUCAUGGCUGAUCUAUCUUUACCUCUCAACCCCAUUCUCCUGUCUUCUUCCCAUAACCCUUGACACCCAUGCUAAU